UGGUUCGCUCAGUAGCUUAGUCUGUCCAGAAACAUGAAUGGUGUAGUGCAGAACGAUGUCGUGGGCAAUAGUGGUGACUGUGUUUAUUGAUUUUUUGUGCUACAGCUGCAAUGAAUGACUGACUCGACUGCUGGCUAUUGGGAUUAAUUCAUCAUGUGGUCACCUACGAAAACCAAGAAAUAUGGAGUUGCUGUCUACAACUGGAAAGGAGACACACGCUAUGGACUUCCAUUGGAGAUUGGCGAUACCGUUCAAAUCCUGGAAGAGUGUGCGGGUUGGUACAGAGGAUUCUCUACAAAGAACCGGUCUGUGAAGGGAAUUUUCCCUUGUUCCUAUGUUCAUUUGAAACCCUGUAAAGUUGACAAUGAAGGACUCUUUGAAUCAGUCAUUCCUUUGGAAGAUCCCGUGGUUCGAGAAGUAACACUAGUGUUGAGAGAAUGGGUACAAAUAUGGAAGCAGCUUUACCUGGAGCGAGAGACCUACAAAUUCAGUGCAUUAAGAAAAGUGAUGAGAGAAAUGUUGGACUGGCGCAGGCAGCUUCUUACUGGCACCCUCACUCAAGACCAGACGCGGGAACUUCAAAUACGUCUUACUGCCAAGAUUGACUGGGGGAACAGUAUACUUUAUUUCAUUAAAUUCAAUUCAACUAUGCUUUUGCAAAUAAACUUCUUUUCAUUCAAUAACUCUUCUGAAAGUUACCAAAGCAGCAAUCGUCACUAUAUUUUAUUACCGCAGCUCAUGGUAAUGGAACCAAGCACUAAAACUUUGAAGAGGCUCAAACAACCAUGUUAUAUGGGCAUUCCACAUUUACUACAAAACUUUACAGAAAUCCUACACAAUCUCGAGGAACAAUGCGUCGGAAAGAAGCUCGGAAAAUAUUGACCCAUCAUCUCUAUUUUUGCAUGCGAGACUUUGGUUACCAUGUUGGAGAAGAUACAGAAAUAUAUUUUUCUUUGUAUGAUACCAAGAGGGCAAAAUAUAUAAGUGAAAGAUUCCUGGUUCGGAUUUCAAGAGAGGGAUUUUCAAAUUAUGUGGAGAAGUUGCAUAGUAAUUGUACAAUUUUUACUGAUUUAGGAAAUGCUGACCUUAGUAGAGAUAUUUAUUUAGUAGCUCAUGUUUUAAGAGUGGGACGAAUGUUGUAUUCUGAUUCUGUUAAAAAAUCGUCAUCAAGUCCAUCAUCCGUCUUUAAGAGGCCACAUGGUUGUGCUGUACUCCCUGUUAGUGAGGUUCUCUUAAGUAAAGAUUCCCCAGAUGAGAAGGAAUUUUCUUGUAAAGUAUUUACCACAGAUGAAAAAGACUUUCACCAGCUUCACGAACUUCUUAUUAAAAAGCAGAGUUCCAAAUACAGCCCUCUUGGAGGUCAACCUAAUUAUGGAAUUGGCAUUUCUUUGAAAAUGCUGCAUGGAGAAUUAUCACAGGUGCGGGAAGAAAACCCUCUUCUCUUUAAGAAUGUUGCUCUUACUCAAAAACUUGGUUUCUCUGAUGUGAUAAUGCCUGGUGAUGUACGUAAUGAUCUUUAUCUUACGCUUGAGAGAGGGGAAUUUGAAAGAGGAGGAAAAUCAACUGGAAAGAACAUAGAAGCAACUAUUGUUGUAUUAGAUGCUGAAGGCAAAAUCCUUGAAAAUUGCUUAUGGGGUGCCUCUGGAAUGGACGGAAGUAACUUAUAUCAGUCAAUGAUUAUAUAUCAUCAUAAUUCACCAUGGUGGUCGGAGACAAUACGGUUGGCAGUGCCAAUUGACAAAUUCUAUGGCUCUCAUAUUCGUAUUGAAUAUCGACAUUGCUCUACUCGAGAGAAAACAGAUAACAAGCGACUUUUUGGAUUUUCCUUUUGUCGUUUGAUGGAAGCUGGUGGUGCCACCGUCCAUGAUGGUCCUCACGAACUAUACAUGUACAAAUGUGAAGAAAAAUCUCGUCUAGAUCCCUCACUGUACCUGCAGUUGCCAUCCAGUUCAAAUGAUUCAGCAGCUUCAACUACUUCAUCGUCUAUAUUUGCUCGAAGUUCCAAGGAGACUGUCUGGGUCCACACCCUUCUCUGUUCUACAAAACUUACUCAAAAUGUGGAUCUACUGUCUUUGCUGCAAUGGCGAGAACAUCCUGAUCGAAUUCAAGAAGCUCUUGGUAGAGUUCGCCGCUUAGAUGGUGAAGAGCUGGUGAAAUUUUUACAGGAUGUUCUGGAUGCAUUGUUUUCUAUGUUUUCAACAGAAGAUGGUAAUUCUACCUCACAUUCAGGGCUUGUAUUCCACGUGUUGGUGAGCAUAUUUAGUCUCCUAGAAGAUAGCAAAUUUGAACAUUUUAAGCCUGUCAUGGAUGCAUACAUCAGUGGCCACUUUGCAGCAGCACUUGUUUAUAAAGGUCUUUUAAGCAGCGUUCAACAUUGUGCUGAUUGGGUCAAUUCAACUGAAAAACAGGAACCUAUCCAAAAAUGUUUUCGUUCUUUGGAAUACAUUUUCAAAUUCAUUAUUCAGUCACGGUUAUUAUUUGCUCGAGCUACUGGUGGACAGUAUGAAGACAGCUUCCGAAAAGACCUUUACAAUGUCUUCUAUGCAUUGCAUAAAAUGUUGGGUUCUUCCAAUGAUGUUAUCCUUCCAACUCAGGUGGCAUUAUUACACAGUAUAAGUGCUGUGUAUGAGCAAUUACUUCUUGUCCUUCCCAUUUUGGAGGUCACUAAAUUAGCCACAGCCAUGCUCGAAAGUUUGCCUGUUCGUGAUCUGCCACCACAACUCACACAAGCAAAACUCACUGCCAUUAGAAAUAUGGUGACUAGUUCGCUGUUUACUGAUGAUGAUACAGAUGGAUUUGCAGAAUCGCGCAACUUGUUGUUGACCACUAGUUGCAAGCAUCUUCGACUCCAUUUGGCUCACAGAGAUGAGUUGCGGCUUUGCACUGAAAUUUUAGGUGAAGUUCUAGGAUUUCUUUUCAAACAACGUGGUGCUCAAUCUCAAGAUAAGGUUAAUAAUUGUUUACACCAUGAUGUAGAGAUUCUGUGCCUCAGCACUUUAGAUAUGCUCAUCCAGACUGUGCUCAUCAUUAUAGAUCGCUCUGCAGCUGUCCUUGGUCCACUUGUUGCCUGCCUCCUAGGUUUACUGCAAUUGCUUGAUGAAUUUCAUUACAAGAGACUUUGGGAAGAAUUAGGAGAUCGAAAACCUGUGAAGGAUUUUCUUCUGAGAGUUUUUCUGGUGUUUCGUGAUCUUAUAAAACAAGAUGUUUUUCCAUCAGAUUGGCUAGUAAUUCGAAUGGUGGCCAAUAAUGUAAUGCUCACAGCAUUGCAGGAGUUAGCACAACCUCUAGUUCUUUCUUUUCUUGAUAGUCGCUGCUAUUUUGAUCAUCAGUUGUGGAGCAACUACUUCAAUCUUGCUGUAACGUUCUUAACUCAACCCUCUUUACAAUUGGAGAAGUUUAGUGAAGUGAAAAGAGACAAAAUUCUUGAAAAGUAUGGUGACAUGAGGGUUUUAAUGGGCUUCCAAAUAUUGUCCAUGUGGUCUAAUCUGGGAGAACACAAAAUAAAUUUUGUCCCUUCAAUGGUCGGCCCUUUCUUGGAAGUAACUCUUGUACCUGAAGCUGAAUUACGUAAAGCAACUCUUGGAAUAUUUUUUGAUAUGAUGCAGUGUGAACAACAAGCUCAUGGCAACUUUAAACAAGUCGAAUCAGAAUUAAUAGAUAAAUUAGAUAUUCUUAUAAGUGAAAACAAAGGAGAUGAUGAAUAUCGUCAAUUAUUCAAUACCAUGGAACACUUGAGUGCUGUGCUUCUGGAUAGAGUACAGUCAGAAGACCCUGCUUGGAAGGAUUCGGGAGCAGCAUUUAUUAGCUCUGUUACACGCUUAUUGGAAAGACUUUUGGAUUAUCGUAGUGUUAUUCAAGGAGAUGAAAACAGGGAUAAACGAAUGUCAUGUACAGUUAAUUUGCUGAAUUUUUACAAAAAUGAAAUAAAUCGUAAAGAAAUGUACUUGAGAUACAUUUAUAAGUUACAUGAUUUACAUCUACCUGCGGAGAAUUACACUGAAGCAGGAUUCACAAUGAAGUUAUAUGCUGAUCAGCUAAGCUGGACUAGUCGAUCUUUGGUGUCUGAUCCACAGUAUCCUGGAUUUCCAGAAUGGCAACGUAAAGAACAACUCUAUCGACAGAUUAUUCAUUAUUUUGAUAGAGGCAAAUGCUGGGAAAAAGGAAUACCAUUGUGUAAAGAAUUAGCAGAACUCUAUGAGCUUCAUCUUUUUGAUUAUGCCAAAUUGUCAGAUAUUCUGCGUACUCAGGCCCGGUUCUUUGAUAACAUAUUAACUCAACUAAGGCCUGAACCUGAGUAUUUUCGUGUUGGUUUUUAUGGUCUCAGUUUCCCACUUUUUGUCAGAAAUAAACUCUUUGUAUAUCGAGGAUUGGAAUAUGAACGUAUUGGUGCUUUUACACAAAGACUGCAGACUGAAUUUCCAUCUGCUCACAUUCUAAUGAAAAAUUGCCCUCCUGAUGACACAAUACUAAAUUCUGAAGGUCAAUAUAUUCAGAUUUGUAAUGUGAAACCUAUCCCUGAAGAAAAUCCACUUUUUCCUGUGGGAGCAGAUAUACCAGAGAAAAUUGCAAAUUUCUACAUCGUGAAUGAUGUUCGUAGAUUUCAGUUGGAUCGUCCUAUUCAUAAAGGUCCUGUUGACAAAGAAAAUGAAUUUAAGAGUUUAUGGAUUGAACGUACAACUUUAAUUACUAGUAGUCCAUUACCUGGUAUUCUUCGAUGGUUUGAAGUGAUAGAACGUAGUGUAGAAGAGGUGCCCCCAGUUCAAUUUGCCUGCGAGACAAUGGCUGGAGUAAAUAAGGAGUUGCGACAACUAGUUGCACAGUACACUGCAGAACCAAAGCGCAACAUUAAUCCUUUUAGUAUGAGGUUGCAGGGUAUCAUAGAUGCUAAUGUUAUGGGAGGAAUUGCAAAAUAUCAGACAGCAUUUUUCACACCUGAUUUUGCAAAGCAGAAUCCUGAAUUCACUGACCAUGUUCUUCGAUUAAAAAUCCUCACUUUAGAGCAGCUCCAAGUAUUGGAAAGUGCACUUGUCCUUCAUGGAGAUCUUGCUCCUGCUGGAGUUCAACCACUCCAUAGGCGCUUAAAGGAACGAUUUGCCCAACUAAAAACUGGACUUAGAGAUUUGGGGAGCUUACAAGUGCACAGGGGCCGCCCUUCUCUUACUUCUACUUCCAGUAUUAUCAACACUCCUCUUCCUCCACUUCCAACUGAAAAGAAACUAAUGACUCAUUCUGCUGGAGUCCAUUUAAGUGGAGAGACAAUUGGUGGGCGCAGCACUGUUCCAUACGGUCAAUUGGCGCAAGCUGCAGCAGCUGCUGAGGAACAGGGUGUGGAUGAUGAAGAUAUCUACACGAAGCCAAUGGAGGCUCUCUCUGCACAUCCACCCCCUCCACCUCCCCCUCCGAUUCCACAGCGAGAGUCACGGCCUCGGUCGGUGGGGUAUGGGGACUUGGCACGAACUCCCACCAGGGGGAACAAUGAUUAUUCGUCACUACCUCCGAUGCGAAUCACCAGGGAACUUCUGGAAGGUGACAGCAGUCCAACUAUUCCUCGUCCACCGAAGCCCACUCAUCAAAGAUCUCUGAGCAAGCCCUUGUCAUUCCCUUGCACCCCACCUCCUGGAGGCUUGGACACAGUGAGCAGCCCUCUUCGGAAUUCCUGGUCU